GAAAAACCAAAGAAUCAAAGUUUGAUUAUCAAACGCAAAGCUUUCUAAUAACCAAUAUCGUAUUAAUCGUCUAGAAACGGUUCUCACCAUCAUCUUAAUCAUAUCAUUAAUCAUAACUCACUUAAUCUCUAUAUAUAUGGUCGACAUCGACAUCAUCAUAAUCAUAACAUAACUACUUGCCUCCCAUUUAUCAAAAGAAAAAUUCCUCUCCCAACUACUUCUUUUCAUCAUUCUACAUUUUCUAUCAAAUUUCUAUGGCACCCUCAUCUUCUAGGAACAACAAACAAGAGGAACAAGAUCAAAAUGUUCUACGAAAACACGUUGCAUUCUUCGACAUGAACAAUGAUGGCAUCGUUUAUCCAUGGGAAACGUUUCAAGGAUUUCGAGCAAUAGGUUGUGGAUUGAUAUUAUCGAGUGUUGCUGCUAUUUUCAUUAAUUUGGGUCUCAGUCAGAAAACUCGUCCGGUAUUUAUAACUUCUCUUUUCAUAAUAUUUGUUACGUAUAUGCAAUUACCAACGCUUUUCUUUUUUUGUUGCAACAACGCGGAUUCAUUUAUAUUUAAUAUAAUACUAAACCUGUUUCCUUUUAUUUUUCUAAUAAUAGAAGUUAAAAACAUUCAAAAAGCAAAACAUGGAAGUGACUCUGGUGUCUAUGAUAGCGAAGGAAGGUUUGUUCCUUCAAAAUUUGAAGAGAUUUUCAAAAAGCAUGCCAAAAAACACCCAAAUGCUUUAACGUCUGAUGAAUUGAUGGGGAUGUUAAAAGCAAAUAGAGAGCCUAAGGAUUACAAAGGAUGGCUUGCUAGCUACACAGAAUGGAAGAUCUUAUAUGUUCUUUGCAAAGAUAAGGAUGGUUUACUUCAUAAAGAAACCAUUCGUGCUGUUUAUGAUGGGAGCUUGUUUGAACAUAUGGAAAAAGAACACUCACAAAAGAAGAAUAAAUAAAUAAAUAUGAUUCACAUUGUGUUAAUUAGGAGCAUGCUUCUUUGUGUAAUUUCUACUCGUGUCCUUCAAAGACUUGUAUUUAUAAUCAUUUUAAAACAAGAGUUGAUUGAAUGUAUCUUACAGAAUAUAGAUAAUUUACUCUGAUUUAAUUGCAUGUUUUAUUUA